GUCCAAAGGCCCCGAUGCUGGGAGAAGACGUGGAGGCCUCUCGGGGAACCACGACGACUUCCACGAUGACGCAAUAGUCAUGCCAAAUUAUACAUGUAUAUUUCACCUCCACCCGAAAGGCCAGAGCCAUCCUCUCGGCCUCUAAGUGCACAACGGAACUAGAAAUCAAGGAAGAGAGACCAAAAGGGAGGCCUGAACUCUCAAACUCCGAAUCUGAUUUCCACUCUCCCAGGAAGGCUUCGGAAAUCACUGUGGAUUGUCAAUACAGGAGUCCAUACUGACUGAAUCCCAAAUUUUGGCCUGUAUUCUUCUCCCUCUGUGAACCAUCUUCUUAGAAGUCACUGAACCAAGAGUGCCAGAAAACCAUCCCAAGACUCACACAGAGUUGUUCUUCCAUAGUGGAUGUUUUGGCCACUGGACAUCAGAACCACAUUUUGAGUUUGAAGAAUCUUCUACAUGCUGAGAAAGUGGAGCUCCAGAGACACUCCUGAAAUUGUCCUAAGUCAAAGGAGCCAAACGGUGUACGAGCUCCCUCUCUGCCAUCCCCUCUGAGAGCAGCCAUGGCCCUGAGUGAUGUCGAUGUGAAAAGGCAGAUUAAGCACAUGAUGGCUUUCAUUGAGCAGGAAGCCAAUGAGAAAGCAGAGGAAAUCGAUGCCAAGGCUGAGGAAGAGUUUAACAUUGAGAAAGGACGCCUCGUGCAAACCCAACGACUGAAGAUUAUGGAGUAUUAUGAGAAAAAGGAGAAGCAGAUAGAGCAGCAGAAGAAAAUCCUGAUGUCCACCAUGAGGAAUCAGGCGAGGCUGAAAGUCCUGAAAGCCCGAAAUGACCUCAUCUCAGAUUUGCUCAGUGAGGCAAAGCUGAGACUCAGCAGGAUUGUGGAGGACCCAGAGGUCUACCAGGGGCUGCUGGAUAAACUGGUGCUCCAGGGUCUGCUCCGACUGCUGGAACCUGUGAUGAUUGUACGCUGCCGGCCACAAGACCUCCUCCUGGUGGAGGCUGCUGUACAAAAAGCCAUCCCCGAGUACAUGACAAUUUCCCAAAAACAUGUGGAGGUCCAGAUUGAUCAAGAGGCAUACCUGGCUGUGAAUGCAGCUGGAGGUGUGGAGGUCUACAGUGGCAAUCAGAGAAUAAAGGUUUCAAAUACCUUGGAAAGCCGACUGGAUCUCUCAGCCAAGCAAAAGAUGCCAGAAAUACGAAUGGCCUUGUUUGGUGCUAACACCAACAGAAAGUUCUUUAUAUAAGCCUCUGGGAAGUGAAGCUAGUGUUGAACCACUAAACCAUAAAAGUUUAAGUUUUUUGGGGAAAGGAAACUAGUAGUGUUUCCUCCUCUUUGAUGCUCUGAUACUGUUCUGUUUUUCUUCAUGAAAUACCCUUUGGAUAGCUAAAGUGUUAACUUUGAAAUAAAGCCCAAAUUAAUGCUCAGAA